AUGGAGAGGUGGGGGAGGAGGAGGCGACUUCUGAGCAUUGAGGAGGUGGAGAUGGAGGAGGACAUCAUCAGUCAACACAGCAACAACUACAACAACAACUACUACAACACCAAUAACAACAACAACAACAACAACAAAUACACUCUGAACACCAGGGCUGGCCCUGAGAAAAGAGAGGGAACAGACAGAAAAGGCGAGAGGAGAGAGAGAGACACCACGUCUCUCCUCUCCUUCUCCCCCUCUCCUGCGCUCCAGUCCCGGCGGUCUGCGCGCUCGCUGCCCUCCCUCUACGCCCCCACGCUGCCCCCGUCCCUCUCGCUGCUGCUGCAGUACGGCGCGGGGGAGGGGGGCCACGCCCUGCUGGCCGCUGCGCCCCUCCUCUCCGGCCAGCCCGCCUCCAACGAGUUCUCCCGCAAGGUGGAGGGCUUCUGGGUGCUGCGCGAGCUGCAGAGCUGGCUGUGGCGCUCGGCCAAGGACUUCAACCGCCUCAAGAAGCGCCUCAAGGCCUGAAAACACAGAAAGAGAGAGAGACAGAGAGAGGGAGAGAGAGAGACAGGAAGAUGACAGAGACAGACAAACAGACUGACUGACUGACAGAGAGAGAGGAAGCAGAAAUGGAAAAAAAGAAUAAAAGAAGUGAAAAGAGAGGAAGUGAAUGAACGAAUGAAUGAAUGAAUGAAUGAGUGAAUGAAGCUGUAACUCUGCACAGUCAAUGGAGCCCUCUCUCUCUGAUGAAUGAGGCGGACUGAGGGAAUGCAGACUCAUUCAGAGGCAGACGUGACUCAGCUGCUCAGACUAGGGACUCGAGUCACGUCACACUUUCACCAGGAAGAAGAC